UAGGGUUUCGUAUGUUUCCCCUAUAUAAAAAAAGGGAUCUCCAAACAAAGAGAGAUCUCCAGUCUCUCCGUCCUCUGUUCUCUUUGUGUUUGGUCGCCAUGGUGAAGUACUCGCAAGAGCCCGAUAAUUCCACCAAAUCAUGCAAGGCGAGAGGAGCCGAUCUCAGGGUCCACUUCAAGAACACUAGGGAGACAGCGCACGCCAUAAGGAAGCUACCAUUGAACAAGGCCAAAAGGUACUUGGAAGAUGUCAUAGCUCACAAGCAAGCUAUCCCUUUCACCCGUUUCUGUCGUGGUGUUGGUCGUACUGCUCAGGCAAAGAACAGGCAUUCAAAUGGUCAAGGUCGCUGGCCUGCUAAAUCUGCUCAAUUCGUUCUCGAUCUUCUCAAGAAUGCUGAGAGCAAUGCUGAGGUCAAAGGGUUGGAUGUUGAUGCCCUUUUCAUUUCUCACAUCCAAGUGAACCAAGCAGCAAAACAGAGGCGAAGGACAUACAGGGCUCAUGGAAGAAUCAAUCCUUACAUGUCAAACCCAUGCCACAUCGAGUUGAUUCUGUCAGAGAAGGAAGAGCCUGUGAAGAAAGAGCCGGAGACACAGUUGGCAGCAAAGUCAAAGAAAGGAGCCUCAUCUUGAGCUUUAAUAUAGACAAGUCUUUUUGUGCUCACUUGUGUUACCCCCUUAAUACAUUUUGUUAGCUUCUGCUUCCUAUAAAGACCAAGAUCCAAUUUUUAAGAAUGAUAAUUAUGGCUGUUGGUUUGUUGAAAGACCCUCCUAUUUUUAUUUCUUCUUUAAUCCUUGGUUAUGUUUUUA